CAUACACCUGUAAGCAGUGCGAAGAGAGCCUCCUCAAAACAAAAAAAAGAGAGACAAAGGUCAUGGUGUCUGCUGGGCUUCAGUUACUGGGCAUCGCCCUGGCCAUCAUAGGAUGGGUCGGUGUCAUUUUGGUCUGCGCUCUUCCCAUGUGGAAAGUUACAGCUUUCAUUGGGAAUAACAUCGUCACGGCACAGAUAUCAUGGGAGGGAAUCUGGAUGAGCUGCGUCGUGCAAAGCACCGGACAGAUGCAGUGUAAAGUCUACGACUCCAUGCUGGCCCUCAGCUCAGACCUUCAGGCCGCCCGCGCUCUCACCAUCAUUGCAGUCGUGAUUGGGAUCCUGGGCAUCAUGCUGGCGAUGGCUGGUGGCAAAUGCACCAAUUGCAUUGAGGACGAGAGCUCCAAAACCAAGGUCGGUAUCACUGCCGGUGUGAUUUUCAUCAUUGCUGGGGUGCUGUGUCUGGUCCCGGUGUGCUGGACGACCCACGUCAUCAUCCGGGACUUCUACAACCCCUUGAUUUACGAAGCACAAAAGAGAGAGCUGGGAGCAGCGCUUUACAUCGGCUGGGGGGCCGCCGCCCUGUUGAUCAUCGGGGGAGCUUUGCUCUGCUGCAACUGCCCACCAAAAGAGGAAACAGGAAAAUACACCGCCAAAUAUAAUGCUACCCCUCGCUCUGAAGCCUCUGCACCCUCUGGCAAAAACUUUGUGUAAAUGAUCUACUCUAAAAUGGACUCUACAGUGCCUAUAAUGUUUACAAUCUUGGUUUGUCCAGGAUGUAGCGGCUCAAAAAGAGUUUGCAGCAGGUAUCAUGAGGACUUGAAAAGCAGUCAAUGAAACGCUGAUGCUACAAGUUUUCUAAAUUUUU